AUUUGAUUAGAAAAUACGAAACUAAAACAUUUAAUUAGGAAAAUUCACUAACAAAACGACUUGUUAUUAUAAACACACAUGCCAAAAUGUUAAAACGCGUCGCGCAGAUAACGCAGUAGUGUGUGAAAAGCAAAAGAGAAAAACGCAAACGCAGCACUAAAGAGAAGCAGCAAAAAGUGCAUACAAUACAGGAGUGGCUGCUGCUGGCACGCAGGCAGGGCAGAGCACAUAUAAUAAAAAAUUGAAUUAAAUCAACAAAUUUCCAAAUGAAAUUGAGUAAAUUGAAGUUGCUAUUGUGUUGUCAAAGGUUCAAUUAAUGUUUUUGUAAUGCGAGAAAAUUCAAGUAACGAGAAAACUGUGCACUAACGAAAAGCAAAAAAACAACGCCCAAACAAAUUAUCAAGAAUACGCAAAGUUCAAUUAAAAGGAGCAACAACAACAACCGCCAAAGAAACAGCAGCAAAGAUAAGUGCACAGACAAACAACAACAACGACAUCGAGAACAACAGCAAAAACGACAGCAAGAGGAAGAAAAAGUCACACAUUCCAGUGAAAGUAAGGGAACAAAUAUGUUUUUGACCAAAACAUGAAACCAUAAAUUUGUGUUUGAGGAAGAGCAAGCCACAUUUUUCUGCGAAUUACGCCCGAAAUAAAAGCGCACACACGCGUACAUACGCAUACUCAGACAGCCAGCAACACGCCUACCUACACCCACACACUUGCAUACGUACACGCACACAGAGAAGCAGGCAGACAGGCCGAAGCACGCCCAAACCAUCACAAUGUCCAGCUGGGCUGAGCGCGUGCAUCGACGUGCCGCCGAUCUUGGCAAUGUGGUCACAUCCUGCGGCCAUCCUGGCCCAUCUGCUCCCGCCUAUCCCUACCGCCUUGAGAAGGUUAAAUUCGGUGUGCCACUAGAAGAGGUGUGCAAGAGCAACAAUAACAUUCCAGGCCCGCUGCUGGUGCUAAUACUCAAGUUGAACAAGGAGUCGCCUAGUCGUCGGGAUGUUUUCCGUGCCCCCGGCCAUCAGGGUGCCAUGAAAAAGCUGAUACACUUCCUUCAGGCCGGCCGACUGGUCAAUGUGGACAACUUUUCUGUUUACACAAUUGCCAGUGUGCUGAAGAAGUUCCUCCGCAAGAUACCCAAUGGCAUUUUUGGGCGCAAUGGCGAGAUGGAGUUGUUUGCCAUUAACGAGUUGCUGAACGAAGCCGAACAGACGGAACGCUUGCACAGAUUGAUUGCAUCACUGCCCAAAUAUACGCAACAUCUAUUAGUUUUACUCUUUGGCACAUUCCGAGUGAUUGCCAGCAAUGCGGCCCAUGCCGGCACGGGCAUGACCAGCGAGGCCUUGGGCGUCAGUGUGGCGCCCAGUUUCUUUCAAUCGUGCGUCAGUGACGGCAAAACGGCGCGCAUGGAGGAUGUGCUUAAGUUUAAGGUGUCCACAAAGAUCAUGCAACAUAUUAUUGAUAAAUUUGCUACACAUGAUAUUUUUGGACGUGACAAUUACGAAUACUAUGCCCGCGUCACGGGCCGCAUACUCAAGGUGCAGGAUGAAUGGAUAUGCAGUUUUCAAUAUCCGCCACCACCACGAGGAAAAUUGGCGCAACAGAAAUAUGCAUUGCAACACUCUUUGGAGGCCGAGAAGACUUGGCUGCAGUGCCAAUGCGAGCGUUGGGGUUUACUGGCUCAAGAGGAAUCGCGUUCGACGCCCGCCUUGCUGACCAGCUCCAGUUCUGCGUUGGAGAACAGUGUGCUCUCAUUGGGCGUCUCGCCAGAGCAUUCAUUCAUCGAAUCCUGUGCCCGUCUCUCGGUCUCAUUGGAGGGUCCGGGCAUAUUCGCAUUGACAUCGUCACCGCUGCCCAAACGUGGCGGUAAUGGUAAUGGCAACGGCAAUGGAAAUGGCACCGACUACGACUACGAUGAUUAUGCCGACGAUGACGCCGGCGAUGAUGAUGAUGAGAUUGAUUUUGGUGCCGACUUGGAGCUGAGCAACAUACCGGGACCAGAUGAGCAGCACCACCACCACCAACAGCAGCAGCAGCAGCAGCAGCAACAACCACACCACCAAAUGCGUGGCAUGUUUCUACAGCAACGUUCCAAGCAGCGCCAGCAACAACAGCUGCAACAACAAAACGACGAUGACGAUGACGACGAUGAGAUUGUGAAGCGUCGCUAUCGUCAGAACAAGAAGAAGCCUUUGCCGGCCAGCGGCCCACAAAUGCGUGGCCAGCACCAGCGACGCCUGCGCACUGGCACCAAAAGUCUCGACGGCACUGGCGAACGACGCGGCAGCAAUGCGAGCAACAGCAACAUUGGUGCUGCAGCGGCAACAGCAUCUGUAGCAGCAGCAGCAACAACAACAACAGCCAGCGGAAGUGGUGGUGCUGCUGCUAAUGGUGGCGCCAAGUUGAAGCAACGGACCUGCAGUCGCUGCAAUCGAGGCAUCCGCCACUCCUCCUCGUGCUCGUCGACGUCGGGCGGUGCGAUGGUGGGCAACGGCAACGGGGGAGCUGUGGGCGGUGCCGGCGGCAACGAUGGAGCUGGCGGCAACAACGGCGGCAUGACCAUGGAGGAGCUGCGCGCCGUCAAUCGCUAUGCGGAGAGCACCAAGAGUCUGUCUUAUUUGCCACAGGUCCAUGAACGCCAAACCGCACGCAUGCGCACCCGCUCCGAGUGGUUCCUAGGCCCGCGAGACGCUGUCGUCUCGUUGCAGCUGCCGGCGGAUACCUGCAGCAAUUGUUGCUUGGCCGCUGCGGCAGCUGCCGCUGGCUACCUGGGCGGCGGCAGUACGCGCGACAUGCGCCACAACAACGAGAGCGACAACAAUGCGCUGUUGUAUCACUUUUAUCGCAAGCAGCAAGAACAGCAGCAGCAGCAGCAGCAGCAACACUAUCGGCAACAGCAACAUCAGCAGCAGCAACAACUGGCUGAUGUGCACAUGAUGGACAUGGAUGAGCUGCCAUAUGAUGAUCAACAAAAACAACAACAACAGCAACAACCACUAGCACAACAGCAACAAAUACAUUCCACAAAGCUUGCCAGUGGCGGGCUCCUGAAGCCGCCGCAACUCCAACUCGGUCAGCAGCAGCAGCGCCGGCUGCUGUUGGAUGCCAAUUCGGGUAGUUAUGAAGCAGCAGCUGCUACUACACUUACUAAUUAUCUUACACACGCUGACGCUGACCAAGAACACCAACAACUAUUACAGUCAGGCAACGAACCCAUGCUAGCGUCUAACAAAAUGCAUCAUUACUAUAACAACAACAACAACAAUCACACGUUUUACACACGCAGCAAUGUCAGCAACAACCACCACAACAACAACAACAAUCAAUCAGCUUACUACAAUCACGUGCAACAAACGGAGCAGCAGCAUCAGCAUCAUCAUCAACAACAACAAGAACAACAACAACAACAACAUGCAUUCUAUAUACACGAACCGCUCAAUCAUUCAUGCUACUAUUCCACCCAAUGUUUGCGAUCCGCUGCUGUUGUUGUUAACACAGACGAUGAUGACCAUUCCGACUGCGAUUCUCUGGACAAUGCCACUGUUGGUGUUGCUGGUGGUGUCAUGCACACGUUGCAGUCGCACGAGUUGCAGCAACAUGUUGCUCCUGCACUGCAGCAACAGUUGCCGUCCCUCAUGCGCCACUCCACGCCGGUGGCGACACGUCAGCAGCGCCAGCAACAUCCACACUUGAUUAGCGACUCCUCAUCGACGCUCUAUCAGUCGUUCGAUCCUGCCACACUGCCGCUGUCGACAAUACGUCAGCAACAGCGCAGAGGCAACAGCAGUCAGAAUAGCCACAACAGUAAUAAUAAUAAUAAUAACAACAGCAGCAGCAGCACCGCUAACAAUAACAACAGCAACAAUAACAACUUCGUCACAGUAAUUUUCAACGUCUUAGACUUUUUAUUCUAAAAUUUUUCUACCCUACACCAAAAUCAGCUAAAGGCAUGCUAUUCGUUGUGUUGUUCCGCUCCCCCACUUUAAUUCGAUCAUUCAACAUCCAUACAUCCGUUUGACGAACCUAGCAACAUAAAACUAAAACAUAUACCAUAUAACGAGCUAGACCGCGACCUAAACAGCGAAUGCUUUCAAGUGAAUAUUGUCCAAGCAUUUUUGU